GAGUCGCCCCUCCACAUUCCUCCCGGAAACUCGCCGGGCAAGUUUGAAAGCGGCGCUCAGCCUUUCCACGAAAGCGGGGGUCGUGCUUCUGCCUGAGCCGAGCAACAGCAGCCAGGGACGCCGGAGGAAGAUGGGGGUGACGCUGGGCUACUGGGAUAUCCGUGGGCUUGCCCAUGCAAUCCGACUCCUUCUGGAAUACACAGGGACCACAUUUGAGGACAAACAAUAUGCACCUGGAGAUGCUCCUGAUUAUGACGCAAGUCAGUGGACUGAUACGAAGGAGACACUGGGCUUGGACUUCCCAAAUCUCCCUUAUCUAAUCGAUGGUGAGACGAAGAUCACACAAAGCAACGCCAUCAUGAGAUACAUUGCACGCAAGCACAAGAUGAGUGGUGAGAGUGAAGAAGAAAUGAUCAGAAUAGAUAUGCUUGAAAACCACAUUAUGGAUCUGAGAAUGGCCUUUGCAAAAGUUUGCUACAGUCCAGAUUUUGAAAAACUGAAGCCCGAAUAUCUGGAGCAGAUACCUGGAAAACUGAAGCUGCUCUCCCAGUUUUUGGGGGACAGGAAGUGGUUUGCAGGAAAGAAGAUCACCUAUGUAGACUUUCUUGCAUAUGACAUAUUGGAUCAACACUGGAUGUUUGAGCCAAAGUACUUUGAUCAGUUCCCAAAUCUGAAGGAUUUCCUUGCCCGCUUUGAGGCUUUGGAGAAAAUUUCUGCCUACAUGAAAUCUGGCCGUUUCAUGAAGGCUCCCAUCUUUUGGAGGCUCGCCAAGUGGAGCUAUGAAAAAGUGUAGAGGAGACUGUGAACCUUAAAGCCUCUGCAGAUGGGUGUUAGCAUCAGUGAUGGCCCCUGAGUGAAUCACCAUCCCUUCAUGCUUUUAAACAUGUAUGUUAUGCUGUGACCCUUAAUCCAGACUGUCAUUAAUAAAAAACUAUUGGAUACUGAAAAGA